AUUCGAAGAAGAAGCGAUGGGAUGAGCAGAUUUUUCUUCUUUCCGUUUUAUUGGACAAACAGUGUACGGAAAGGCUCAGUUUAUCCUGUUGCGUCUUUUCCAUAGUGCCAGUUUAUUCGGUGUGGAAGUAUUUUUCAGAGCGUCGCGACAGUAUUUUUUUGAUUAUCGUUGAAUUUAUUAAUCACGAUAAUGACGUUGAUGUGGGCAUCGUCGAAAAUUUAUUUAGUGGCUGCUUUGUGCUUUUCGUUGUUUAAUUUUUCAAAUGCUGUAUCUUUUACAGAUUGUCCAAAUAUUAUCGAAAGAUCGCAAUGGGGUGCAAAACGAUGGAAAGAAGUAAAUUAUUUAGUAACACCGUUACUCUAUGUUAUCAUUCAUCAUACUGCUACUCCGGAAUGCAACAGCUUCAGUAGCUGUGCGGAUAUAGUGAAAAACAUACAAAAAUAUCACAUGAACGACCUCAAAUGGUUUGAUAUCGGCCAUUCAUUUAUGAUCGGCGGUGACGGCAAUGUAUACGAAGGAACCGGAUGGUCAAUGGAAGGUGCCCACACUUACGGCUAUAAUAAAAAAUCCAUCUCCAUUGCCUUUAUCGGCAAUUAUCAACACUCGUAUCGAAAUUCAACUGUGGAAAUCAACAUAGAAAAAAUACCAACGGAGGCAAGUUUGAUAGCAGCUCGUGACCUCAUCGAGUGCGGUAAAAGUCAAGGAUAUCUUCGGCAGAACGUAAAGGUCAUCGGUGCACGCCAAGUGACGAGUACGUUGAGUCCUGGUGAUCAGCUCUACGCCCGCGUACAGACGUGGCCUGAAUGGACUGCGAUUGCUAAAUGAAGAAGUUAAUCAUUUUUCUUUUAUACAUGAAAAGGCAAAUAAAAGACUUGUAAAAAUAA